AUGGCUGGAUCCUCUUGGUCUCUUCCUACCUCUAUUAACUCCCAGAUUUUUGAGUUCUUUAGAUCCAUCCCUAUAUCUAGUGACAGUAACAAACAUCUAACAUGGGAAAACAAUGAAAAUGCUUCUUUCAAGGAUUUUUAUAAAGAAUUUUUUUCCUCUGAGAAUGAUGUUGACUGGGCUCAUCUGGUGUGGCACAAAAAGCACUCUCUUAGACAUUCAGUUUACUCCUGGAUGGCCCUUUCUAAUGGUCUCAAGACUUCGGUUGCCUUGUGUGCGAGAAAUAUAGAUGUUGGGAAUAUAACUUACCCCUUUUGUCAUAUUCACCCUGAAACCACGGCACAUCUAUUGUUUGAAUGUGAUUAUUCUUUUCAGGUUAUCUGUAGGCUUAUUCCUCAAUUUUCCUGCUUUCUCUUUAGACCCAACCUAGCUCAAGCCUUUCAGUUCAUUGCUGGGUUGGAUUUUAUUAGGGAGGUUAAGCUUGGACUGUUGCUGAUUUUAAAUAUUUAUGUUUACUUCCUGUGGGCUGAGCGGAAUUCUAGGAAGCAUAACGGGAGGAUUGCUUGUGCUGUCACGCUUGCUAAGAGAAUUCUUAGAUCUGUUUACCUGAAACUGGAUAGUUGGAAAUGUGGAAAUUUGAUAAAAGAAAAGCUUAUGGUCUCCUACCAUUAA